UAGUUCAACUCAAUGACGUCUAUACAGACGUCAUUAGUUCAACUCAUUAGAAUCGAAACUGUAUACUGUCAGCUGACUUUGUUCCGUAUUGAUGUCAACAAAUUGUUUACUAUUUUUAGACUUUUUUUUUUGCAGAAGGCAAAGACCCUGUUAGCUGGUUUCUGAAUUCGUUUCCACUUGUGCUUCACUACUUGAAGAAGAAAUGAAUCCGAUAGAAAAUUAUCUGAAGGGUAAUUUUAAAGAUGAUGUGAUUACAAUUCAAGAAGUUUUUCGGGUUUAUGACCAAAAUAAUGAUGCAUUUUUGGACUUUGAAGAGUUCUUUGCUUUAGUUAAAGAUGUUUUUAAAAAAGGUCAAAAUACCACCAAAUCUGAGGAGAUAUCCACAGAAUUAGUGGAGGCUUUAUUAAAGAUAUUUGAUACAGAUAAGGACAAAAAGAUAAAUCUCAGAGAAUUCGCUGAUGUGUGGAGAUAUUGGUUAAAACAGAUAUUAAAACCAGUGACAGCUCUAAUUAUAGUGGAUGUACAGAAUGAUUUUAUUACGGGAAGUCUGGCGUUAAAAUGUUGUCCUGCUCAACAAGAUGGUGCCUCAGUUAUCUCCCCUAUCAACAACUUACUAGACACCGUGCCUUUUGAUGUAGUGAUAUAUUCGUUAGAUUGGCAUCCGGAGAACCACAUAUCUUUUUAUGAUAACAGAUCGUUACGUCCUUUCACACCUUUAAAUAAAGAGAAAUCAGAAGUAGAUGUAAUGGAUGCAGUAGAAUUUUCAGGUCCACCAAAAACUGAACAAGUUUUAUGGCCCCGACAUUGCGUUCAAGAUACAGAAGGCUCACAACUCCAUCCAGAUCUGAAGGUUGUAAAUAAAGGUUUUAUGGUACAUAAAGGAACGAACCCCGAUAUAGAUAGUUACUCAGCAUUCUGGGAUAAUGGUAAACUAUCGCAAACAGAGUUGGUUAAUAUUUUAGUCGAGCAUCAUGUGACUGAUGUUUAUAUUUGUGGCCUGGCUUAUGAUGUCUGUGUUGGUUUUACAGCAACACAUGCAACACAACAUGGUUUCCGUACAACAUUCAUAGAAGAUGCUAGUAAAGGUGUAAUAAUGGAGGAUAUGAAGAAAACACGAAAUAAACUGAUGAACAUGGGAGUUGUAAUGGCCAAUUCUCAUCAGGUGGAAGAUAUGGUUUUAGCAAAGGAAAGAUGUUUAAAACAUGGUAUCAAAGCAGCAGCUAAUUAUUUCAUAGCCAGAAAUAUCGUUCAAACUAAACCAAAACAAAAUCUCUUAUAAGCACCUUUAAUGUCCUAGAUUUAAUCAAAAUUGACCAGUCAAAAGAGAUAUUAGAUUCA